GACCCAAACAUCUGUUAUUCUACUUAAUUCAUCUAUUCUGUGCUUGGAUUCAACAUUUCCAUCUAUGGGCCCUCAAACAAGAAGGAUAUAAAGAGUACAAAGCUGCAUAUCAACUAAUGAUGGACUAGGAGUUAUUUCAAGGACGAGAAAUGAACUAUGAAUAAUUGUAUUGUUGGUGACGCUCAGGACUUCGUAAGUGAAUCAGAAAUGGAACCGGAAGCUGAGGAUCCAGAGAACAUGGAUGCCUCGGUCUCUUGGUCGGGCUCUGAUGGUUCCCAAGCAACUCGUAUCACUGAAUCCCCGACAGAGUUCUAUGGUGAAGUGGAAUUCAGUGAUGUAGACAGAAGCUCGGACACACAAACAUUUUCUUUCCUCAAGUCUGAUGCUGGGCACCCAGAACUGUUAGAAUCACAAGACCCAAAACUGGUUUGUGAACAAAGGUCCUUGUAUGACCUGAGCGGGGGGGAGGAAGAAGAUUCAUACCAAAAAGAGGACAUUUACCUGACUGACCCAAGAAAGAUCCCACACAACAAAACCUCACCAACUACCUCAACAACGUCACUCUUCUCAAAAUCAGAGUGCCAUGACCCUCACAGUGGACAAAUGCCAAGGCCUCUCUCACUUUCAUCGUCCUCCUCCCUCGGAUAUGAUCCUGAAAUGGCCUCGGCCUCGACCCUGACCACUAGUGAUGAGCCCCCGAAGGCCAGUAAUAGGCAGGGCCAAGGGACUGGGAACAGGAGGGUUCAAUCUUCAGAGGAAGGAGGGAGCAGUGAGGCACCACCUGCUGCAGUCUCCUUUGGAAUCUCAGAUGAGGGGGCUGAGCAGACAGAGAAGUGGGACUCAGAGUCUGACACAGUUCUGUGCAGACAGGACAGUCGCAGGGCAAGGUGUACACGGUUUGGUCAAGAUGAAAGCCAAUCACAAAGGCAGGUUAAGGAGACCAAGUCCAAAUGUAAGCGAAUCGCUCGCCUUCUGACUGAUGCACCCAACCCCCAAAAUAAGGGAGCCCUACUGUUCAAAAAACGCCGGCAAAGGGUGAAGAAGUACACACUUGUAAGUUACGGGACUGGUGACAGUAAGUUUGACAGUGAAGACCAAUUGGAAGAAGAAGCAGAGGAAAUACAAGAAGGGGUUUUGGACUUUGUCGGGACCAGCGAUUCCGAGUUUGAAGAGGAAUACUCGAUAUAUCACCGCCAGCAUGAAUUAAGUGUGAAUUGGGGAAGAUUUCAAGAAAUGGAAGUGUUACCUGGGACAAAAGGAAAGGGAGUUUUGAUGUUUGCGCACCGUCGUAAACGUAUGGAAGAAGUACUUUUGCAGCAAGAACGCUAUAAUAAAGGAUUACAUUUGAAAGGACGGUCAGAACCUGGAUAUACAGUAGCAAACAAUAUGUAUGACAUGAGCAAAAUGCAUGAUCAAUCUGAACAGGGAAACUACAUGCAUAGACACAUUCAUCAGAUGAACCAGCAAAGAUCUUUGGUUUCAAACAGGUCAGCGAAGCCCUUUUUAGGAGCCCAAGUUGGGCCAGCUGAUCCCAGCAUGCCUGCUGGUGCUGUUCCAGUGAGAAAAAAAGCAGAGUCAAUAUUCAAGGCACCAGUUCCUAUCGUCCCAAACCGACAGGUUUGGUCUCCGACUGGAGACAUCAUAGCCUCCAGAGAUGAGCGAAUAUCUGUUCCGGCAAUAAAGACCUGCAGCCUUCCAGAGUCAAGGCGUAAAAGCUCUAGCAAACAGCACCAGACAACCAAACAAGGAUCAGACCCUCGGGAAAGCAGAGCUUACACGGAGUCAGAAGAAGACUGCUUUAGCCUCGGUGCUGAAGCUUGUAACUUCAUGCAACCCAGAGCAAUUAAACUUAAGAACCCACCCCCGGUUGCACCAAAGCCUGCUAUCAAUCCAAAGAGCCCACCUUGGUUAAGAGGCCCUCCUAGUGAACCCUGUAUUCCUCCAAGGAGUUCAGUGACACAACCUAAGUAUCUUGGGGGACCCCAGAGACAGCACCAUUACUUUGAUCAGGACUGCUCUCAACCUCAAAAGUUGGCCAAAUGCUGGGAAGCAGAUCGAGCCCAGGCAGCAAUUCAAACACCUGCCGUUGGCCAGGCAUCAAUCAGCUCCUCUUCCCAGCCUCAUGUUCAUCCAACCACGACUAGCUGGAACAAACCUCUGCCAAGAUCCGUUGUGAGUAUGCAGACACACGGUCCUAGUUUCAGCCCAAUUCACCCACAGUCAAUCAGUAGGUGCAAGCAAGACAAUGCAUCAAGUUCUGUUGCCUCUUGUCCACCAAAACCAAUGAAAUCAUUCACACCAAAAAUAUCACUGGUUCCGCCAAAAGGUCAAGUUUUUGCUGGAGGUUUUGAUCGCGCCGCUGAUGAUCGCACCACGAUGGGAAAAGGUGCAGAGUUGUUUUCCAAAAGACAGUCCAGAAUGGAGAAGUUUGUUGUCGGCGAUCCAACAGCAAACCAGACAAGAUGCCCCUCUCCAACAAUGUCCUUACCCAACUCCUGGAGAUAUUCAUCCAAUAUUCGCGCACCACCCUCUUUAUUUUACAAUCCACUUCACUCCCCUUUUUAUAAUCCCCCAGCAGUAAAAACAGCACCGUUAAUGAGAAACACAGCGACACCAAAAUCAGUCCCAAAGCAGCUCAACACUUUAGAUAUCAUGAAACAUCAGCCGUAUCAUUUGGACUCAUCACUGUUCCACUAUGAUGCAGUUCCAGAGGCUAAAAGCCCCACCGCUAAACCCGCCCAGCCUUCAAAGUUUAUGAUGACCAAAAAACUCAAACAAAGGUCUGCCCAUUCUCAUUCUCCUAAUAUCACUGAGCCUGAUUUUGAAAGCAAGUCAGAGGCCUCUGCUAAGUCCUCAGCUAAGUCCUCUGGACCGGGACAAGGUAGAAGCCGCUCCCUUAGCCUGCCCAGGCGCUCCUCUUCUUCUGGACCUAUGUCUCUUGUGGGCACACAGAACCCUCGCUCAAGUCUUUCCCCAGCACAGCAACAUCGAGCGUCUCUUCAGCGAGCGUCCUACAAGCUGCCCACACCUUGGGAGGCCGCAUCAAGGAGCCCCUUCGGUUCAGUGGACGACGCCUUCUCGAUCCAGAACGCCUUGUCGCCGAUUGCCUCACGUGUCCAGGCCGCGGGGCCCCGCAGGUCCCUGCCCGAGCCCCCAGAGGAAUGGAAGCGCAGGGUGUCACUUGAUCCACCACUUGCGAGUCAGGGUCACUGUCAUACGGCCCCGGCUUACGUGACCUCAGUGCCUAUGAGGGUGAAAUGUGCACGUGACAAAUCAACAGCAGUCUACGGGCCUCCUUUUAGACCAGCCCAGCCACUUAAGUCUGCAGAUAAGCCCAGAAUUAUAUAAGCAGGGUAACACUUUGGGGCAGCACAGUGAAGAAAGUGUUUACCACGUCUGCCUCACAGUUCUGAGGUUCUGGCUUUGAAUCUCGGUUCAGGCUUCCCUUUGUUGAUUUUGCAUGUUCUGCCAGUGCUUCUGCGGGUUUUCUUCCCACAAAAAUGCAUGUUAUGGUCAUUGAAGACUCGAAAUUGUUCAUUUGUCUGAAAAUGUAUGGCUAUCAACGUGCCCUGUGAUUGGCUUAGACAGGGAAAAAAAACAUUUCAAUUGAUUUAGUGUGUUGCUUAUAAGAAAUUACUUUAUGAGCAAUAUUGAAAAGCUUCUAGGUAAUAUUUAAUGGUUUAGAUGACUGUCAGAAACAUUUUGCCACUCGUGCUGUUGGUGACACAUGACACUAAACUUUAAUUGCGACGACUGUUACAUAAUCAAUUUUUCAUUUCACCAUUUUUACAGUGCUUCACACAUUUUAAGGUUAUUUCACGUUGGAGUGUUCAAGAGCAGAUAACGUAUAAUGAGUGGAUAUUUUACCCCAUUUGUGUGUGACUGUCAUUUUCUAAGAGUGUUUUCUCAAUAUGAAAAUGAACCUCGAGUCAGCAUGUUAAGCUUUUAAAAUUGGAUUUAGGAGAGGUGUGUGCGCAUGUGUGCGUUGCAUGCAUAGUCAUCCUUUUUGUGUCACUGAUGUGGAGAAUCACAUGUACAUUGAAAAUGUUAGCACCUUUUGGAGAAAUUAUAUACGUGCAGUAUUAAACUUGAAAAUGUUAUAGACAAAGUGGAUUUUAUUUUAUUUUACUUUCUAUUAAUAUCUAGCAAUAGAUUUGAGAGGUAAAAACAUCAUCAUUCUCUGAUGCGAAGGUACCCAAAAUUGUUUUGAAUUGCAGGG